AUGACUACUCAUUUUGAGUAUAGUUUUUUGUCUGAAAUAUUCUUAAAAGUUGACAUUUUGGGUCAUGACGAGCCUACCGUUUUACAAAAAUUAUUUCAAUUAACGGGAGUUAACCCGUUAAAAAUCUGUUUCCAGGACCCUAAAAUAAUGGAAAUUUUUACUAAGGCCGACACUUUGGGAAUUCCGGAAUUUGGCACUGACUUCGUGCAAAAAAACUUAUUACGACCUUUGCAACCCACCAAAUUCUCGGAGUUGCUCCAAAUUUCCGGUUUCUCGCACGGGACUAACAUAUUUGAAAUUUCCUGGUUUCUUGGGGAGUUGACAACAAAAAUGCUUUUAUUGCUACCGAGUACAUUCGUAAGGGAAUUUUAUUCGGUGCUGCUAACUUGUCAUGCCACUGUUUACGACAUUUGGCUAAUGACUUUGGACCCCGCCGCCAUCAUUUUUCGUUUAGAAAGUUUGUUAGAAAAUCCGCUUAAUUACAAAAAUAACGAAAAAGAAUUGUUAUCUAUUAUUAGAGUUUUAGAAGAGUUAGCCAAAGAAAAAAAACGCAAUUCGGGCCAAAGAAAAAUAGUUGACCUGACUACUAUUUGCGAAAACAUUAAGCAGAAAAUUAAUAAUUCCUCUAACGAAAAAUUACGGGAAAAUCUUCGAAAAAAUGGGAAAACUUGA